UAGCAAUCCAUUGAGGACAGGCUGUGGCACCCGAUUACCCAGCUAAUGACAUUGGCUAGUCUGUUAAGUAGCAAACUCCUUGAGCUGCAAAUAGACAAGUGCUAGGUAAAUAUUGUUUGGCUGAAUGUUGAGGAAGACGGAGCGAGUGCAUUUCUGUUCUAUUGCUGGUGACAGGCUAAAACACAAACUCGCUGGAGACGGCUGUUAUAGUGCGAUGGUCUGCUUUGUGUGGUCAAGCAUUUCUUAGCAUUUCUUAUACUGGACGACAACACAUACAUACAGCUUGUUGAGUAAUAAAGGGCGACAUAGGGAAAACCCGUGUACACAGAAACACAAGUACCUAUCUUCACAGAGAACAAGAGUACCUUUAGUUUGAACGUCACUGCGCUCUUUGGGAUCUGAAUUUUUCUGUGUUAUUUUUUUUUUCGUCGUUUAUUUCUGCCAGAGUUUCUAAGUGACAGUUGGCAAGAUUUGCAUAGAGUCAAUACCCUGUCACGGGGAAUGUGCCGCUUCAAGGAGAUGUAGCCUUUUAAUCUGAUUUAAAAAACCCAAAAUAAAACAUCCUUCAGUGAACGUGGCGUGAUUGAAAUUGCACAAUGCAUCAUCCAAAACCAAAAAGCGCCCCUGCACGUCUCAAGUCAAAAUUCGUCAAAAAUCGAACCAACGCCAUGAAAGAAAUAGAGGCUUGGGUAAGGAAAGACAAUGAAACUUUUCCUGUUCCUGAAACGUCUCGAAUGUCAGGGCAACUUACAGAUAACGUGACUGAAGAACGCAUGCUUAAAGCGAAGCUGUGGGAGCUCUCCAAGGAGAGAUACAAAUUUUUGUCUCAGAACACUUACGAGAAAAAAGUAUUUCAGGACAGACAGCAGAGGAAGUCAGGACUCAGAAGAAUUUCGUCCGCUUCUGCAGAUGGACGUCAGAAAUCUGUAAGCGAUGAAAUCACGGCUAUAUCUGAUGGUCGCCGUACUUCCAUGGGACUUGUCAGCACAACACAGCCGAAAACGGGGCCAAAAAAUGCCCGUUUCUCUCUGCUGGACAGACUUGAUAUCACAAAAAAGAAGUCGAGGGGAAAAAAGACCGAAGUUGUAAAUGAAACUGACGUAAGUGUGAUAUCGAAACUGAAUUCAUCGGAAGGAGUGAGGCCCAAGAAACUGGACGUCAAACCUACUCUCCCACCAGGGGAAGACCCCUCUUCUUCUGCUAGAACCGCCAUUGUUGUUGCAAAACAGAGACGGGAAGAUGUCCCCACCACCUCUGGGGCUCGAACUCCUUUAACUAGAGCAACCAGUGUCCCAAUUAUGGACGCCAGUAAAGGUUUGAGUCAGCCAACGCCCGAGCCCAAGCCAAGCGAGACUAACGUUAGGUCUAGCGCUCUCUCUCGGCCUCCGUGGAUGCGGCAAAAACAGGACCAGGACGCCACAAACAAAGCAGAAACAAAACCCCACAACAUCAGCGGAGCUAACACGCCAAGAUCUACCGACGCAAUGGCUGCUUCAGACGCAGAGUCCACUGCGCGUCCUCAAACAACGAAAAGCGAAUCUGGACGCUACGGGAUGCCAGCGGAGACGUUGACUACAGACCCAAGAUUUACAGUUUUGGAACGUUCACUGUGCCCUUUGACCAGAAACAAGACGUCAGGCGACAUUCCAGAAAUCGUAGCGAACAUUGAGUCUCUCCACGUGAGACCCAGGAAAAGAUUACCGGACGCUCCCAAGUCCAAGAUAGAAGUGAAGGCGUAUGAAUUUAUGAAGGAGAAAGGAUUUGUGUUUUGAACAUAGAUUUGUGUUAUAAUAUCCAAGACUGCGCACUAUGACAUAAUUCCAGUUUACCAUGAAGCGUGCCAUUUGACUCUGUUUGAAGCAAAUGGCAGGCAAGGAGGGGAAAUUUACGGGCGAACUCGACAAAGCGAGUCCUAUUAACUUUUAUAGAACACAAAGAGCGUCAGCCAUGACAGUGCCUGGUCUAGAAUAUUAUAAUUCAAGUCUAUGAUUUUAACAAUAUGUGGUUGUUUGAUGGAGGAAAGAUUGUUUAGAACGGCCUUAGAAAGACAGAGGUUGCAAACAAUAAAUGUAAGAUAUUAGCUGAAUAAUUGCAGGUGGAAAACGUAUUAUUCUGAAUACCCAGGAGGAUCAAAAUCGCUGUAAUAUUGUUGACGUACAUAAAAAAGACUGCCCAUUUGAGUACAAUGUAGAAACGAAAAAA